CAGGGAGCCCGAUGCGGGACUCGAUCCCGGGACUCCAGGAUCAUGACCUGAGCUGAAGGCAGUCGCUUAACCAACUGAGCCACCCAGGCGCCCAAAUAAAUAAAUUCUUAAAAAAUAAAAACACUAUAUGGUUCUGUCAAUGCAGAUAACUGAGGUGACAGAUAAAAGGUAUAUUCUUGGUCAUGUCUAAGUUCACAAUCGGAUAGACAGUGACAAGGUAUUAUAACAUGUGUAAUGACUGACAGAGUUCUUCUGAUAUCUACUCUAAGGCUCCUCUUGAUCUGAAAAAAGUUGAAGUGGAAAAAUACAUAUUUUAGAGUUGAGAAAAUAGACUAUUUCUUUUUUUUUUCCCCUCCCAACACCUACAUAAGGAAGACAGAGCAGGUGUUGGAUAGUGUUAUUAAGGUAAAGAAUCUGAGUGUUUGAGACUUAAAGUCACAUAAUAAGUAGUAGAUCUGGGACAGAUCUUCAGUACUUCCAGAUAAGUGUACUGUCUACUGUACUAUGCUGCCUCUUCAACAAUAGUUAUCAAUUAACUUCAAUUUCAAGAGAUUCAUUAUUCAACAAAUAUUUAUUAAAUGCUAUUUUUUGUAUGCCAGUCAUUGUGUUAAAUUAUAUUGUGAGACAGUAAAUAAAACAAUUAAGAUCUGUGUGCUCACGAAACCAAAAGCUUUGGAAAAGACUGAAAGUAAACAAAUAAUUACAACUACAUGAAUGUCAAAAGAGAAUUUAUAGGGUGAGAUGAGAGUACAUCAUAGGCAAACCGAACUGCCUGGAAUGGGGGCAGUGUUGAUGGUCAAGUCAGGCAAGGACAAGAGAAGUAACUUUUCGGCUGAGAUGUGAAGAAUCAGCAUGAGUCAAAGAGCAUUGCAGGUAGCAGAAAUAGUGUCUGCAAAAGCAAAAGAACUGAAAGGAUCCCAGUGUUAGCUGAGCAUUGAGAAGGAGGAAUAAAGAUGGAAAAGAAUGCAGGAAAGAGAUGAUGUGAUCUUGUUCAGGAUUUUAGCCUUUAUCCUAAAGGCUAUUGGGAAGCCUUGAAAAGGUCUUAAGCAGAGGCAUAACGUGAUUAAAUUUUCAUUCGAAAAAUAUGAAUCUGACUGCAGUGAAUGUAGAAGCCUGUUGUUACAAGCUAUUUCUGCACAUGAGGUUGGAGAUGAUGGAUACAGCAGUUGAGUUGGAGAGAAGGUGAUAGAUUUGAAAUUUUUGAGAUAGAUAAAGCCUAGGGAUUUGACAGAGAUACAAAGUCAGUAUUAUUAUUGUUUCAUCUAUAGAGUUUGAUUGCAAGAUCUCCUCUAAAAUCCUUUCAAUAACUUGGUGCUUAAUGUUAGGAAGUGACUAUAUCAUAUAAUUUAGAAAGCAUUAUUCCUUAAAUAAUUUGUGAGUUGAGCUAAUUCCUGUUGGUUAUUUAAUUCCAUUAAAUAGUAUAGGAAGAGCUUAGUUUCAAAAGAGAAUUUGACAUCUUAAUUUAUAUGGUAAAGCGUAUAAGUAAUUUUGUAUAUACAUGGUGUGUACACAUAUAAAGCAUGUUAUUUUGUUUAUACCAUUCUUUAAUCAGUAUCAGAUUUGAAAGUUGACUGUAUAUUUAGGAUUCUCCUAUUCUUGGUUGAUUGGUUGAAACUCAGAUGAGGAAUUUAAAGCAUUCUGUUUCAAAUAACAUUCUAUUAAGAAACACUUUUUUCUUUAUUAUGAUUAAAAAGUUAUUGCUGGAUCACUGGUUUUAGAAAUAGACUCCUAGUUAAAUUAGAAGAUUUAAGGAGAGAAAGUUUUAGAAUCAUAUUUCCCUGAAUGCCUUAUAAACUUAUGCUUUAUUUUCUUAGCUAACAAUUUCUUUUGUGUACUUCUGGCUGUUAUUAGCUGUUGUAUCAGGGGUAGCGUAAGCAAAUACUUAAAAGGACUUUUGACUAUGAAGAAAUGGGCCAUUUAAGGAAAUAUAUGGAGACUGGACUUCUAGAAAGUUUGUGCUCAUCUUAGUGGAGCAGCGGACAGCUAGUAUUCUAUUCCACUUGAUUGUGGCCAUGUAAGUGUUCACGGUGAUUGUUGCCAAGUUUUUCAGUUUUUCAGCUUUUCAGCAAGAUCCUAAAAUACAUAUCUUUAUGUGAAUUAGUUGGUAACUAAUUCAGAUGUUUUAAAAAUACUCUAGCACUACCAUGCAAAAUAUGCCUGUGGAAUAUAUUUGGUCCACAGGUCUCUGUUUUAAUUCCUCUGCUUUGUGGAGGUCUUCUAUAUAUAGGUAAAAGAUCAAAUUAUUCCUAGGCAAAGUAAAUGUCAAAAUAAGGAAGGAAAGAAGAAAGGGAAGAAAGGAAAGAGGAGAUGAGAUACUUUUUAUAAGAGGUACAAAACUAAUUAGGUGGUAAUUUUAGUUUAAGCUAAGUUCAAAGAGAAAUUCUCUGUCCCCAGAAUAAUUUUAUAUGCUUCAGAAUGUAUUUCUAACAACUUCAACUAUCUGAAUAUGCAUAACUGGGAACUCAAGAGUGGAAUGGGAGUGUAUAGAGUAUAGGGAGCCAAUGAAAUAGAGGAAAGCCUAGUGGUUCUCUCUUAAAGAGUUAAAAGUAAAUUACAGCAAAAAUAAGAGAUAUGUGACAUCAGAGACAAAUCAGACUAUAGCAAUCUGAGUAGAUCAUGGACCCAUAAAAGCAUUACUGUAUUAAAAGCAUAAUUUGACUUUCAUAUUAGAGAUCAGAAAGUGGCCCAAUUGUUUGGUACACUUUGGUGUUUUAGAUACUGCCAUCCCAAUAACAUAUACAAUACAUGAUCAUUGUAGGCAAUUAGGAAAGUACAGAAAAUUAAUGUAUAGCACUUUUCUUUAAAAGCCAGGAAUAGGUAAGAAUAGAUUUUAUAAUUUCCUGAAAUUAUUUAGAACUUGGCACUUAUUAGUUUUCUAAAAGCUAAUUAGUUUCCAAAUUCAUCUGAUUUGGGCUUAAAUAAAAAGAAUAUUAAUUGCCUCAUGUAAGAAAGCACCUUAAGUAAGACAUACAUUGUUAGUUAAGCCAGCGGCUCUGUGAUUUCUUCAAGGACUCAAUUUGUCUUUCUGUUCUACUUUUUCUACACAGUACUGCCUUUUUCCCAGUGCUGUAGCUACAGCUGCCAAUUGCAGUCAGGAUUAUGUGUUUCUUCUUUCAGAUCCACAGACGAUAACUUCACUUUCAAGGGCAAUAUAGCUUUUUUUUCUUACCCCUAAACAGUUACCCUUUACCUUCACCCCAUGCUUGCUUCUCAUUGACCUGAAUUUGUCUAAUUCUAAAACACCUAAACUAAUCAUUGGCAAGGGGGAACGGGCUUACCAUAAUAAUGGAUUAGACUCAUUGCAGUCUAGGCUCUUAGCUCAGGGUCAGUCAGCUUUCCCUGAGGCGCACUGAACUACUAGGAGAGACUUGGAUGCUGAAUCAAAUCAUAGAUCAUUAGGAAGGAGGACGCAAGGGAAGGCUGGAUAAGCUAUCAGCAUGGUCCACUACAGGUGCCUUAAGAAGUGUGUGUUAUCUGGAAUUUCUGAAGCACCCCGGUGAAGCACCACCAUCUUUCCCUAUCAACACCGGGCAAAAUGAGGUGGGUCGGUGGUGAGUGUGUUCUGUCUCCUGUUCCAGCACCCUCAUUAACAAAACUUUUAAGCUACUGAGGACUUUUUUUUCAAAAAUUUUCUUGACACUUAAUAGACAAUUCUGUAGAAUAAACUGUGGGGCCACGAAUGGAACAAACUUAGUUUAGAUAAAUACAGUUUCUUAAAUAAGCUUUACUUUGAAAAAAUGUAUAUUCUUCUGUUCUUCAAAAGAUUUUUAUACCAUGAUCUCUGUAAUAGAUCGUCUCAUCCUUAUUAGCUGAUUAUAAAGGUGAAAUAUAAUUUAUGAGAUUAUUUACAAAACAAAGAUAUUUUUAAAGUUUUAAAAAUCUUUGUGUAGAAAAUGCUAAUUAUAUAUUUUAAGCACCUAUCAUUUUGACUAAAAUACCUUUUUUUACUAAAAUGUUUAAUCAGCUGACCAUGUAUUUCAUUUCUUUCAGUUUUCAGAUUUCUAAAUAUUAGCCAAAUAUUUAGUAUCUGGGUCACACUGUCAUUACAAACAAAUCUAGGCCAAAAUGGUUUAUGCUCCUCAGUUGCCAGCUUUAGUUCCUCUGUUUGACCAGGCCUGACUUUCUGUUAUUUGGUUCCCUUUCAACUAAACUUUGUUUCGUAGGAUACUAUAUUAGUUCUUUGUAUGGAACUGGUCCUCUUUUGGCUUUUUCCCCCCUGAAUCAAGGUAAUGGAACAAAUAAACAGCUGUGCUCUUGACUGCGAUGUUUUAGAAUUGUGACUGUGCAGAGGGUCACGCAUGUUAAGUGACCUACUGCAGUGCUAAUGAUGGUGUGAGACCUUGUUUAAGAUGCUAGAGAAACUGUGUUUGAGCACAGGAGCUAUAAUAUUUCUUAAAGAUUCAACCUGUAUGCAGUCAGGUAUUGAGAGCAUCAAAACUCCUAAAGACCCUGUGAAAAUUGUAAAUGUAAAUUUGUUCCACUUCUCAUACUAGAUGGGAUAGCAUCUUUCUUCAAGUUAAAAUGAGAAGUCUUAAGUGUUAUGGUACCAGAGAUAAGGGAAGAGAGAGGGAAAAUAUAUCGGAACAACAAAUAUUUCACCUGCAUUUUUGAAGUAGUAAAAGCUGUAAAAGUCUAUUUUGAAGUAUUUUUAACUUUGAAAGGAGUGUAGUUUAUGGUAGUUUGUGUUAAUGCAGGGCCCAUAGUUUUGCUUAAAUUAAGAACUUUAUACCUUUUGGGAUUUUUAAUACUUUUUCCUCUAAAUUAAUAAUGCUUAAUUUCACACUGCUGUAUCCUAUUUUGAAAAUAUAAAACGAUAGCAUGUAUACUUCUUGAAGGUUUCUAGAUAAAGUAAGUUUGUUAUAAUUAGAUAUUCAAUUCGUAUAUUUUCCAGAUAAUAUAGAUGCUUACCUUCUUUGAUUGCUAAAACAUUUCAUCUGAACCAGUCUUAUUGUAAAGUAUCUUAGACUAAUAUAUUUUAAUGACUGGAUUGUUGAGGGGUAUUUGUUAACACAGUGUCUUCAGGGGCAACUAAGGUAUGUCAUAGGGCCAUUUGUCUUUAACAGUAAACAGUUCUCAAUAACUGUUGUUCUUUUGAGUUUUGUUAAAUGGUGUUUCUAUUUUUCAAAGCUUGAUAUUAAUUCAUAUGGCUACUAGCAUGCAGAGAAGGGUAUUUGUGAAUUAAGUAAGAGAAAGAAGGUUCUUAAUAGGCUUGAAGAGCACUUCAGUGAGGGAAGUACUUGGACUUCAUGAUGUUUACUUUUAUUUCGCUUGGUGCCUCCCCUCUGUUUCAUGAGCCCGCUCCCUUAUACCCAGCUCCCACUCCCUUUUUCCAAAAAGCAUGGUACUUGGCAUGCGUUCCAGAUAGUUAUUGUAAGAAGGUUGGGCUUAGAUUUUGGAGCUAGACAAACAAUGAUGGGGAUUUAAAAGGAUCAUUUAAUAGUGCCAGAAUCUUAGGCUAAGUUCACAGCUAUGAAAUGGGUAUACCAAUCUCUCAGGGUUGUGAGGAUUAAAAAUAAUCUAGUGUAGGAGAUACUUUAACAAAUGCUAGUUCCCUUUCCUGAUGUUUUAAAGUAAGUGACCCACUUACUUUGGAAAUGAUACUUGCCCAUUUUAGUCUGAUACUCUAAUGAUUAAUGAGUCAGUAUCCCUAAAAUAUGGUAGCUUUUAAUAUCUUUUUAAUCAGAAAUAAAUGAGAUAUUGUUGAUUAAUUUGGUUGAUCGUAUGAAUAAAAUGAGGUGGAAUAUUUUUGAAGACUGAAAUACAAAUUCAGAAGCAAGAAAAAUGUUUUUUAAUAAAAUGUAGGAAACCUUUUUUUUUCCAUCCAAUUAGGACUAAUUAUAUUGAAAUAUUUUGCUGGUAUCUUCAAAGAGUUCAUAAACUAAUGAGUGCUGUUUCUUUAGUGCAAAGGUAGAUGUUAACCUAGAAACCAUGUAGACCAGUUAAAAACCCCAUAGAGUUCUCAAGGCCAUUUUGUAUUUACUAGUGCCACAUCAGUGAGGCACCCUAUUGCAGCAAGCUUCAAUAACCUGAACAGUAUGGCCUGGGUGCUCUAACAAAUCACAUAUUUUUUGUUAUGAAAUUUUAUAAUUGUCCAUAGCUUUUAGUUAAUCCAUUUACAGGUCAGAUUGUAAGGAUAUCAUGCACUUAAUAAGUGCCCUAAAUGUACAUCUAGUACCAUUGAGUUUUGAUAGUAUGGGAGGGGAAAAAACAAAAAGGCAUAUAAGGAGCUGUCUCACAGUAGUAUGAACAACUUGAUUGAAAAGACCCAUAUGUGUAAUAUGAUUAAAUUCUACAAAAUUGCCUAUUAAAAACUUCCUAAAAAGACUGGGAGGGGGAUGAUGGACGGGCUGGAGGCAGGGUUUGAAUGAGAAUCAAAGAUGUGAUUUAAAAUUUUCUUAUGUUUAAGAAUGAUGUAUGAAAUUUAAGGUGAGUUCAGUGUAACAAAGCAAGGAUUCUCACUUCCAAAGGAAAUAAAUGAGCUUUAUUAUUGAGAUUUGUUUCUAAGUACAGACUUGUGAUUGUUGUGGUAGUGGUAGGGUGGAAUUAAUUUGUUUAGCAUCAUUGCCUGUUCAAAAGAGUUUUGGUGAGUGGUGAAUGGUUUUAGGUGUUGCCUAAUGAGUCCUCUGACUUUUGAGAUCAAUUGAACUAAAAGCAUGUUGUUUCUCUAGAAAUACGAGUUAUGACCAGAUAGACAAUGAAAUCUCAUGUGAGUUAGUAGCCAACUUUUAUCCUUACAAUUAAAUCUAAGCAGAGUUUUGACUAUGUCUUUUUAUAUUUCCCAUUUACAAAUAUUCUGAACCUCUCUUGCUGCCCAUUUAUAUCGUUGGGAUUAGUUAUAUCACCUGAAGCAGCCAAAAUAAGGCUUUUUAUUUCUAGUGCUAUCCGUGUAGCAUGCUUGAAUUACUAGACAAUCCUAUGAAAAACUGAAUAAAAUAGGGGUCCAGUGAAAGAAAAAUAGAAGUGAUGUCAUGGCAAAUUCUAGGAAAUAGUCUUUUCUAUAAAAAGAUUUGAUACAAUUGUGUAUAUUCCUCAAACCCCCCGUGUUCUUAGUCUGUAAGAGUUGGGUAUAAGACUGAAUGUAUGCCUUAAAGCUUAUAAAGAGGGUUUAAUUUAAUCAUAUAGCUUUAUUUUCCUAACUUUAUGACUUGGUUCUUUGCAUUUGCUGGGGCUGAUGAUUUGAAUGUUUGAGACUUAGUUUAGAGGUUAAAAAGUGAAGUCUUUCUAAUAAAAUUAUAUCUGUUUCUAAGAUACAACUGUUUCUUUCCUUGAUUAUAGUAAAAAAAAAAAAGGAUUUGUUCUUAAGAGGUCUUGAGUUUGCUGCUGACUACCUGUGUGACUUUACACAAAUAAUGUCAUAUUACUGGAACUGUUUCUUUGUUUAUAAAAUUAGAGGUAGUGUUAAAAUCUAAAACUCUUAUAAGUAGAUUAGUAGAAUAUAUUUAAGAUCUAUACAAAUACAUAAACACAUUGGCACAUCCCUUGCUGCUCAUCAUUGCUGGAAUAUGAAACUAGUUUGUUGUGUUAGGUGCAUUAUCGAUAAUGUUACUCACACCAAGGAAAUCAUUGUGUGCUUUUUUUGAUUCAUGAUUUUGUUAAUCUGAUAGUACUCUUCAGGAUAUGUAUCUUGUAUUAAAAAUUAAAUUACUGCCACAAUCAUUGGAAUUAUUAGGAUGAGUGACAUAAGCAAGUUGAGAAUUGUUUCUCUUGUACUGAAGACCCAUUUUUUUUAUAUACCCAACGUUCUGUAAUUUCAUUUGACUAAAGAAUAGAUUUUUGAUCUUCUUCCAGAGUAAAGACAUGACUAUGUCUAUAGUUGUAUUCUGUAAUUAAUUUUUGCUUUGUGGGUUUCAUCAGGCUAAAUAAGAAUAAAAUGGUUUUAUAUUUUCUGCUUUAAAAAUGUCCUUGUUAUAAAGUCUUGUCAGAUCAGCCCCACAUAUGGCAAACCUAUUCAAACAAUUUGAGCUGCCCCAGUGUGCUUGUUUCUUUCUUGGAAAUCUAACCAUUUAUAUGUCUUUAUGAGCUGUUUUUCCUCUUCCCUCCACCCCCAUGUUAAGUUGUAGAUUAUAAGCUUGCUGAGAAAGGAAUUUAAUCUUUCCUUUGUAUCUCAUAGUACCCAGGAAAGAAUUCUGUUAGUCACUGAAUGGUUUAUAAAUGUUAUUACUAUUGAGGAUUUUGGAUUAAAAUUAUUGGAUAAAAUGGAAUGAGCCUUUUCUAGGACAUCAAGUUGGGGUCAGUGUGAUUAACUCAAAGACAUAGCACUUUUGUUAAGCUCUGGACUUUGUUCUGAAGUCAGUUUCUCUUGAUUUAACCAUAAAUUGAUUAUUCACCUUAUAUACUCUCUUAUAUAAUACUUUAGUAUCACGUUAUUGGUAGUGGAAAGACUGUCAGUGGGUAGGUUGGAUAGGUGUGCACAUGCACGUAUACAUGUGCUCAUGUAUUUGUACGAGAGAGAGAGGGAGAGAGUGGGCACAUGGAAUAUAUGGGAAUCAGGUACAUGUUAUGUUCACCAUUCUAAUCUGAGUAUUACAUAAUUAUCUAGUUAUGUGCACUUAAUUUUAGACUACUGACAUUCAGCAACAACUUCUAAUCAAUGGUAAAUGUGAUACUUCAGGAAGAUAGGGACAUAUUUUCCGUUCCUUUCAUGUUUUCCUUUUAGCUUUAUUCUAUUGUAUAUUUUCCAAAUACUUAAAUAGUCAAAGAUAAAAAAUUAUUGGAAAUGGGUCAACUUUUGUAGCGGGCAGAGAUGAUUAGAGCUCUGCAGUAUAUCUUAACAAUGUAUAGGAACAAUUUAAUAUGCCUAAUAUUGAGAAGCAUCAAAACAGACUGUAAAACAUAACAAUCAUAAAGCUUAGUGGUCAAAAAUCAUACAUAUCAACAGGCUAUACGAAGAUUAGCUAUAAUAAUUGAGGGAAAGAGAGCCUAAAUUUGGUGCAGAAAAGGAGCUGAGUUGUUUUUGCACUAUAAUUAGAAGUUUGUAUCCAUAGAUUUUUGUCUUCUCAAUACAAAGAAUGAUAUUUGCUGGCAGAGCAUGUUUUUUCAGUGUAACCUUUAACUUCUUAUGGUAUGUACUCCUACAAGUAGUUGAUGAUUUAGUAAAUAUUUUAUGAAUGUAGAUGAUACUAUCAAAAUGUUUCCAAAUAUUACAAUUAGUUUUAAGGUGGAGUCAAUGUUAGACAGAAUUUAAAUUUGAGACUCUAUAAUUUAUAGGUAUAUCAUUGAAUAAUGCCAUCUUUAUUGUGUGUUAAUUUGGAUUACAAAAUAAUUGGGGGAACUUUGUUAAAAGAAAUUGAAGUUUACUUAAAACUGUUCUCUGAAGAGAUUAGAAUUUUAGAGGGUUUUUUCUUUCUUUUGUCCUAGCAUUUCUUCUUAAACAUAAUGUUAUGACUACUUGAAAGGAGAUAUAAAUCAAAGUCACUCACUUUAUUUUCCAGUUAGAGUCAUUGCUCAUUACCAGUUGGUGGGUGUGGAAACAACUUAAUAAAGUUUGGGUAAUUUAGUUUCAGUUUAAAUUCUCAACUGGCAAAUUGGCCGAAAACUCCCCAUCAGAAGACGUGAGCAUCCAAAUGUCCUUUUGUGAUUUGGCUACUGUCUGCUUGACAUAGGAAGGCCCUAUCAAGAAAAAACUAAUGGAGUGAUUAACUAUCAAAAGAAAAUCAAUGUUCGCUUUGAUUGGUCUGUGAUGUCAGCUGGAGAAUUGGACAUUAGCCACAUAAAGAUAUUUUAAAAAGGAAAAUCUUUAACUUCCACCACAAGAAGAUUAAAAAGAGGUCCCUCCUGCACCAAGAAAGAUCUGCAGAUCUUUUUCAGUGUUCUUGGAGGUGUGGGGUGUGAGAACUUGAUCAGUUUGUGUCAACCACCUUGUUCUCUAAAGAAACCUUUAUGUAGCUCUUCUUCUGGAAUAUGGGCAGAAAUUAGUUUCAUGGUUUUCUCCAGUCAUCAUUUUCUGUUGGUUCUUACCUCAUCAGAAGAUACCUGACUAUAAAAAGAAUCUUUUGUGGAUGGAAAACAGAGCCCACAAGAAUGGUCUUUUCAUCAUGACUUUGCGUGGCAUUGUUUCAGUUACAAAUUAUAAUACUGUGGUAGAAACAAAUUCAGAUUCAGAUGAUGAAGACAAACUCCAUAUUGUGGAAGAAGAAAGUAUUACAGAUGCAGCAGAUUGUGAAGGUGGUGUGCCAGAAGAUGACCUGCCAACAGACCAGACAGUGUUACCGGGGAGCAGUGAAAGAGAAGGCAGUGCUAAGAGCUGCUGGGAGGAUGAUGAAAACUCUAGCCCAGAUGGCAUUACUGCAGGAAAGGAAGGACAAGAAAUCCUGGGGCCUGAAGCUCAGGCAGAUGAAGCGGGAUGUGCAGUAAAAGAUGAUGAAUGUGACUCAGAUGCAGAAAAUGAACAAAACCAUGAUCCUAAUGUUGAAGAGUUCCUGCAACAACAAGACACUGCUGUCAUUUACCCUGAGGCACCUGAAGAGGACCAGAGGCAGGGCACCCCAGAAGCCAGUGGUCAUGAUGACAGUGGAACACCAGAUGCAUUCUCCCAGUUACUCACCUGCCCAUAUUGUGAUAGAGGCUAUAAACGCUUUACCUCUCUGAAAGAACACAUUAAAUAUCGCCAUGAAAAGAAUGAAGAUAAUUUUAGUUGCUCCCUCUGCAGUUACACCUUUGCGUACAGAACUCAACUUGAACGUCACAUGACGUCACAUAAAUCAGGAAGAGAUCAAAGACACGUGACACAGUCUGGGGGUAAUCGUAAAUUCAAGUGCACUGAAUGUGGAAAAGCUUUCAAAUACAAACAUCAUCUAAAAGAGCACUUAAGAAUCCACAGUGGAGAGAAGCCAUAUGAAUGCCCAAACUGCAAGAAACGUUUUUCCCAUUCUGGGUCUUAUAGUUCACACAUAAGCAGUAAGAAAUGUAUCAGCUUGAUGCCUGUGAACGGGCGACCAAGAACAGGACUCAAGACGCCUCAGUGUUCCUCGCCAUCUCUUUCGGCAUCACCAGGCAGUCCCACACGACCACAGAUACGGCAAAAGAUAGAGAAUAAACCCCUUCAAGAGCAACUUUCUAUAAACCAAAUUAAAACUGAACCUGUGGAUUAUGAAUUCAAACCCAUAGUCGUUGCUUCAGGAAUCAACUGUUCAACCCCUUUACAGAAUGGGGUUUUCAGUGGUGGGGGCCCAUUACAGGCAACCAGUUCUCCUCAGGGUGUGGUACAAGCUGUUGUUCUGCCAACGGUCGGUUUGGUGUCUCCCAUAAGUAUCAACUUAAGUGAUAUCCAGAAUGUACUUAAAGUGGCAGUAGAUGGUAAUGUAAUAAGGCAAGUUUUGGAGAAUAAUCAAGCCAAUCUUGCCUCCAAAGAACAAGAAACAAUCAGUGCUUCAUCCAUACAGCAAGGUGGCCAUUCUGUUAUUUCUGCCAUCAGUCUUCCUUUGGUCGAUCAAGAUGGAACAACCAAAAUUAUCAUUAACUACAGUCUUGAGCAGCCUAGCCAACUUCAAGUUGUUCCUCAGAAUUUAAAAAAAGAAAACCCAGUCCCCACAAACAGUUGCAAAAGUGAAAAGUUACCAGAAGAUCUUACUGUUAAGUCAGAGAAGGACAAAAGCUUUGAAGGAGGAGUGAACGAUAGCACUUGCCUUCUGUGUGACGAAUGUCCAGGAGAUAUUAAUGCACUUCCAGAAUUAAAGCACUAUGACCUAAAGCAGCCUGCUCAGCCUCCUCCACUCCCUGCAGCAGAAGCUGAGAAGCCCGAGUCCUCUGUUUCAUCGGGUGGAGAUGGCAGUCUGUCUCCCAGUCAGCCACCUUUAAAGAACCUCUUAUCUCUUCUAAAAGCAUAUUAUGCUUUGAAUGCACAGCCGAGUGCAGAAGAGCUCUCAAAAAUUGCCGAUUCGGUAAACCUCCCACUGGAUGUAGUAAAAAAGUGGUUUGAAAAGAUGCAAGCUGGACAGAUUUCAGUGCAGUCUUCUGAACCAUCUUCUCCUGAACCAGGCAAAGUAAACAUCCCUGCAAAGAACGAUGAGCAGCCUCAAUCUACAAAUGCAAAUGAACCCCCGGACAGCACAGUAAAUCUACAAAGUCCCCUGAAGAUGACUCACUCUCCAGGAUCAGCCGUCAAUGGUUCCAGAAGUAGUCCAUCAUCCCCAUCACCUCUAAACCUUUCCUCAUCCCGAAAUACACAGGGUUACUUGUACACAGCAGAAGGUGCACAAGAAGAGCCACAAGUAGAACCUCUUGAUCUUUCACUACCAAAGCAACAGGGAGAAUUAUUGGAAAGGUCAACUAUCACUAGUGUUUACCAGAACAGUGUUUAUUCUGUCCAGGAAGAACCCUUGAACUUGUCUUGUGCAAAAAAGGAGCCACAAAAGGACAGUUGUGUUACAGACUCAGAACCAGUUGUAAAUGUAAUCCCACCAAGUGCCAACCCCAUAAAUAUUGCUAUACCUACAGUCACUGCCCAGUUACCCACGAUCGUGGCCAUUGCUGACCAGAACAGUGUUCCAUGCUUGCGGGCACUAGCUGCCAAUAAGCAGACUAUUCUGAUUCCCCAGGUGGCUUACACGUACUCGACUACAGUCAGCCCUGCAGUCCAGGAACCACCCUUGAAAGUGAUCCAGCCAAAUGGGAAUCAGGAUGAAAGGCAAGACACUAGCUCAGAAGGAGUAUCAAAUGUAGAGGACCAGAAUGACUCGGAUUCUACACCACCCAAAAAGAAAAUGCGGAAGACAGAAAAUGGAAUGUAUGCUUGUGAUUUGUGUGAUAAGAUAUUCCAAAAGAGUAGCUCACUAUUGAGACAUAAAUAUGAACACACAGGUAAGAGACCGCACGAGUGUGGAAUCUGUAAGAAGGCAUUUAAACACAAACAUCAUUUGAUCGAACACAUGCGGUUACAUUCUGGAGAAAAGCCCUAUCAAUGUGACAAAUGUGGAAAGCGUUUCUCACACUCUGGGUCUUAUUCCCAACACAUGAAUCAUCGCUACUCCUAUUGCAAGCGAGAGGCGGAGGAGCGCGACAGCGCGGAGCAGGAGGGGACGGGACCAGAAGUCCUGGCCGGCGAGCACGGGGGGGCCCGGGCAUCUCCCUCACAGGCCGACUCGGAUGAGAGGGAGAGUCUGACGAGGGAAGAGGAUGAAGACAGUGAAAAAGAGGAAGAGGAGGAGGAGGACAAAGAGAUGGAAGAACUGCAGGAAGAGAAGGAAUGUGAAAAACCGCAAGGGGAGGAGGAGGAGGAGGAGGAGGACGAGAUGGAGGAGGAGGAGGGGGAAGAGGCAGAGAAUGAGGGAGAAGAGGCAAAAACUGAAGGUCUGAUGAAGGAUGAUGAAGCUGUAAAUCAAGUGAGCAGCUUCGAACAAAAAGUGAGCAAGAAUAGUGAGCAGGUGUCUGAAGAAAAAACAAAUGAAGCCUAAUAGUUUUUCUAGAAGGAAAAUACAUUCUAAUUGGUAAUGAAGUUUGUUCUAUAUUAUACAUGCUUUUCAUGGGAACACAGUAACCUGUAUACUGUGGUUUCUGUUCACUACUGUGUAAAGUAAAAAUUUAAAAAAAUACAAAAUACAAAAAAAAAAAAAAAAAACCCACACAAAAAAAAAAUCCGGGUGUGCCUGAUCUCAGACCUAGUAAUUUUUCAUGCAUUUUUCAAAGUUAGGAACAAGUUUGUAACACGAAGCAGAUUAGAAAACUUUAAUGACUCGGAAAGCAAAGAUUUAACAGGUUAAAGGAAACUGAUUAAUUAGAUAAGCAUCUGGCAUUGUUUCAUUUUGUCAGUAUUAUCACUCUUACGUUGGUUUAUUCUUAAGCUGUACAAUUGGGAGAAAUUUUAUAAUUUUUUAUUGGUAAACGUAUGCUAAAUCCGCUUCAGUAUUUUAUUAUGUUUUUUAAAAUGUGAGAACUUCUGCACUACAAAAUUCCCUUCACAGAGAAGUAUAAUGCAGUUCCAAACCGUGCUACCUUUUAUAAAUUCAAUCUAGAAGGUAGUAAUUUCUAAUAUUUAGAUGUCAUAGUGGAGUAUUAUCAUUUCAAGUGUAUUGUUAGCCUUAAGAAAGCAGCCGAUAGAAGAACUGAAGUUUCUUACUCAUGUGGUUUAAAAUGAAGUUCAGAAGAUUGUCAUUGAGUUCUGAUUGCAGGGACUAACAGUGUUAAUCCUGGGAAGGGUAGCAGAGUCGUCAGAAUCAGUGUUCGUAAUUGUGUUUGAGUAUGUGGUGACAAAUAUGAAGGAUAUGAUAUGAAGCUUUGUAUCUCCUUUGGCCUUAAGCAAGACCUGUGUGCUGUAAGUGCCAUUUAUCAGUAUUUUCAAGGCUCUAACCCGCCUUCGUUCAAUGUGUGGCCUACAAUAACUAGCAUUUGUUGAUUUGUUUAUUGUAUCAAAAUUCCAAAUAAAACUUAAAACCACUGACUCUGUCAGAGAAACCUAAACACUGGGACAUUUCAUCCUUUAAUUCCUCAGUAUUCAUUUUGUGUUAAUUGACUUCCAAAAUUUCUCUACAGAAAUGAAAGGGAAAUUUUCUAAUCUGCUCUGUCCAUGUACUUGCAUUUCAGACAUGGACAUGCCAUUGUUAUUUGGCUCAUAACUGUUUCCAAAUGUUAGUUAUUAUGGACCCAGUUUAUUAACAACAUUAGCUGAUUUUUACGUAUCAGUAUUAUUUUAUUUCUUUUAGUUUAUAGAUCUGUGCAACAUUUUUGUACUGUAUGUCUUCAAACCUGGCAGUAUUAAUACCCUUCUUACUGACAUGUACUUUUAGUUUUAGAAAACUUUUAUAUUUAUGUGUCUUAUUUUUAUAUUUCUUUAUUUAUUACACAGUGUAGUGUAUAAUACUGUAGUUUGUAUUAAUACAAUAAUAUAUUUUAGUAUGAAAAUUUGGAAAGUUGAUAAGAUUUAAAGUAGAGAUGCAAUUGGUUCUCUUGCAUUGAGAUUUGAUUUAACAGUGUUAUGUUAACAUUUAUACUUGCCUUGGACUGUAGAACAGAAUUUAAAUGGGAAUGUAUUAGUUUUACAACUACAACCAAGUCAUUUUACCUUUACCCAGUUUUUAAUAUAAAACUCUUAAAUUUUGAAAUUCACUGUGUGACUAAUAGCAUGAUGCUCUGCAGUUUUAUUAAGAGAUUAGCCUAACCAUAAAACUCUCAUUUCCUUAGUAAGCCAAAUUAGGAUAACCUUCUAUAAACAGUGUUGGGAACAAUGUUUAACAUUUUGUGCCAAUUUGUUCCUGUAUUCAUGUAUGUAAGUUACAAAUCUGAUUCUUCAUUUUUAAGUUCCUUGUUACACCAUGGUCAUUUUCUAGUUUUUUACCAGACUCCCCCAUCUCACAAUAAAAUGCAUCAACAAGCCUGA